AUGGAGCAUACGGAAGACAGUCAGCGAGGGGCGCCUCUCUUGGGAGGUCCUCUGCGGGAGGUUGAGGCUCCUCACAUCACAUCUGCAGUUGUCCAGACCUCGUCUGCCUUGUCCAGCAGGCACUCAUCUGCUCCCACAGAGCCAGAGGCGAGCGAUACUGGAGAGGGAGGUCCGCAGGCAGCCCUUCAACGCUCUGCUUCUGCAAGCUCCGGUGGAACAGCUGCAACGGGGUACCCGCUUGAGUCUCCCUUGUUGGCUGAUGCUGGAGGGCACAUCCGCAGCUGCUUCAUUUGUCUUGAAGGACCGCGAAAAGGCAGGAGAGGAGCUCCUCCCAAAUUACUGCACCCUUGCUGUUCGCAGUGCUACGCUGUCGUGCAUGAAAAAUGUUGGACUGCUUAUAGGAGGAGGCAACGUCUGGCUGCGUUCAGAGCUCGUCUUUUGGGGCACAGAGCUCCUGACACUUCUCGCUGUUCCAUCUGCAGGACAGGCAGGGGUGCACUCCCACCGGAUGUUUGCCCUCAGGGACCUCCACAACCCGUUGGCGAAGGGGCCACCGACUUGCAGGAGCAGCUCCUCGCUUCAUUAGCAAGGCUUCUGAUGGACGAUGACGGCCCGCCAUCUCACCCAUUCUGCUCAGGCUUCUGCGCUUGCUUCAAUGCUGUUGUAUUCGUUUCCUUCUUUUUGGUGGGCUUCCUCUUGGUAGCCUUUGCGGAACUGAAGGGGGUGACUGUCUUUCUGCUCUCCCUUUUCCUUUACUACCACUUCAUCCUCUUCCAGCUCAUCUUCCUCGCUAUCAGACAAAGACGAGAGGCCCUAUCUGCCUUACCACCAUCACCGCAAGCCUUCUCCAACGACUCGCCGCCGCCACCUGCUGAUCCGGCCAAUCCUCCUGGAGGCAGUUCGGCAUCCUCUGGUGAAGAGAAUCAUUCUACGAGUAGCAGCUCCAGUGGGACUCCAGGAGUCCCCCUGGGUGACGCCGUGGGAGGCUUAUCGGCAACCGAGGUGACAGAGAGGGGACUCUCAAAUGAAGCAGGGUCGGGAUAUUCCCACUGGCUGUCGUUUCUUUGGAGAAGGGGUGCACGUGAUAGAGACGCGUUGAAUGCUAAUAUUGCUGCGCCGUUUCUUUCUGGUGCCGCACUGGUCGUGGAGAUGAGAAUGAUGCGGACCGAGACCUUACCUGCUUAG